CCGCCGCCGCCGCCAUGGGCGUGCAGGGCUUCCAGGACUACAUCGAGAAGCACUGCCCGAGCGCCGUGGUGCCGGUGGAGCUGCAGAAGCUGGCCCGGGGCAGCCUGGUGGGCGGCGGGCGGCAGCGGCCCCCGCACACGCCGCUGCGCCUGCUGGUGGACGCCGACAACUGCCUGCAUCGCCUCUACGGCGGCUUCUACACCGACUGGGUGAGCGGCGGCCAGUGGAACCACAUGCUCGGCUACCUGGCCGCGCUAGCCAAGGCCUGCUUCGGCGGCAACAUCGAGCUCUUCGUCUUCUUCAACGGCGCGCUCGAGAAGGCGCGGCUGCACGAGUGGGUCAAGCGGCAGGGCAACGAGCGCCAGACGGCGCAGCAGAUCGUCAGCCAUGUCCAGAACAAGGGCACCCCGCCGCCCAAGGUCUGGUUCCUGCCACCCGUCUGCAUGGCGCACUGCAUCCGCCUGGCGCUCAUCCGCUUCCACGUCAAGGUUGCGCAGAGCAUCGAGGAUCAUCAUCAAGAAGUGAUCGGUUUCUGCAGAGAAAACGGCUUCCACGGCUUAGUUGCAUACGACUCUGAUUAUGCCCUGUGCAACAUCCCCUACUAUUUCAGUGCCCAUGCCCUAAAACUGAGCCGGAAUGGGAAAAGUCUCACCACAAGCCAAUAUCUGAUGCACGAGGUUGCCAAGCAGCUGGACCUGAACCCAAACCGCUUCCCUAUCUUUGCUGCUCUGUUAGGAAAUCACAUUCUACCUGAUGAAGAUCUGGCUUCCUUUCAUUGGAGUUUACUUGGUCCAGAACAUCCACUAGCCUCACUUAAGGUCCGGGCCCACCAGCUGGUCUUGCCACCGUGUGAUGUGGUGAUCAAGGCUGUGGCUGACUACGUUCGCAACAUCCAGGAUACCUCGGACUUAGAUGCCAUAGCUAAAGAUGUUUUCCAGCAUUCUCAGUCUAGAACAGAUGACAAAGUUAUUCGAUUUAAGAGAGCAAUUGGAUAUUAUUCAGCGACUAGUAAGCCUAUGGCAUUUCACCCACCGCAUUACUUAGCCAGACCAAAUCCGUUUGGAAUGCCUGGGAUAGUGCCACCGUAUGUCCCCCCCCAGAUGCUCAACAUUCCACAGACCUCUCUGCAAGCAAAGCCUGUGGCCCCCCAGGUGCCCAGCCCAGGUGCUCCGGGCCAGGGUCCACACCCAUACAGCCUCGCUGAGCCGGCUCUCACCUUGGAAACCAGCGGAAAGAAUCUGACUGAGCAGAACUACAGUAACAUUCCUCAUGAAGGAAAGCAUACCCCACUGUAUGAACGGUCCUCCCCGAUCAACCCAGCUCCAAGCAGCAGUCCCAAUCAUGUGGACUCAGCAUACUUUCCUGGUUCUUCUACGUCAUCAUCUUCAGACAAUGAUGAAGGCAGUGGAGGAGCUGCAAACCAUAUCAGUGGGAACAAAAUUGGCUGGGAGAAGACAGGAAGCCAUUCAGAACCUCAAGCACGGGGAGACUCAGGAGACCAAACAAAGGCAGAAGGUUCGUCCACUGCCUCUUCGGGCAGCCAGCUUGCUGAGGGAAAGGGGAGCCAGAUUGGCACUGUUCAGCCAAUUCCGUGCCUCCUGUCCAUGCCCACCAGGAACCACAUGGACAUCACCACCCCGCCCCUGCCCCCUGUCGCGCCUGAGGUGCUGAGAGUGGCCGAGCACCGGCACAAGAAGGGGCUGAUGUACCCCUACAUCUUCCACGUCCUGACAAAGGGUGAAAUCAAAAUUGCUGUUUCUAUUGAAGAUGAAGCCAGCAAAGACCUGCCUCCCGCCGCCCUGCUCUAUAGGCCAGUUCGUCAGUAUGUUUACGGAGUCCUGUUUAGCUUGGCAGAAAGCAGAAAGAAAACUGAGAGACUUGCUUUUAGAAAGAACAGACUUCCACCAGAAUUUUCACCAGUGAUCAUUAAAGAGUGGGCAGCUUACAAAGGGAAAUCUCCGCAAACCCCAGAAUUGGUGGAAGCUCUUGCCUUCAGGGAGUGGACCUGCCCCAAUCUGAAGAGACUCUGGCUGGGGAAAGCAGUGGAGGACAAGAACCGCAGAAUGAGGGCCUUCCUUGCCUGCAUGAGGUCAGACACACCAGCCAUGCUCAACCCAGCCAGCGUGCCCACUCAUCUCACGGUGCUGUGCUGCGUCCUACGGUAUAUGGUGCAAUGGCCUGGAGCACGGAUUCUGCGUCGCCAGGAGCUGGAUGCCUUCCUGGCACAGGCGUUGUCCCCCAAACUCUAUGAGCCUGAUCAGCUGCAGGAGCUCAAGAUUGAGAACCUCGACCCCCGCGGCAUUCAGCUGUCAGCUCUCUUCAUGAGUGGCGUGGACAUGGCCCUGUUUGCGAAUGACGCGUGUGGCCAGCCAGUGCCCUGGGAACACUGCUGUCCUUGGAUGUAUUUUGACGGGAAGCUCUUCCAGUCCAAACUCCUCAAAGCAAGCCGGGAAAAGACCCCACUCAUCGACCUCUGUGAUGGUCAGGCCGAGCAAGCCGCCAAGGUAGAAAAGAUGCGGCAGAGCAUCCUGGAAGGGCUGAACUUCUCCCGGCAGAGCCACCCGCUCCCCUUCCCACCGCCAGCGGCGCUGCCUUUCUACCCCACCUCCAUGUACCCACGGCACUUCGGGCCCGUCCCACCAGCACAGGGCCGAGGGCGGGGCUUUACAGGAGUCUGUGGCUUUGGAGGCCCCUAUGGGGAAACUGUAGCGACAGGCGCUUACCGUGCCUUCCGCGUGGCGACGGCAGCAGGACACUGCGGAGCCUUCUCAGGCAGUGACAGCAGCAGGACUAGCAAGUCACAGGGCGGAAUCCAACCUAUACCUUCUCAGGGAGGGAAGCUAGAAAUAGCUGGCACCGUGGUUGGCCACUGGGCUGGGAGCAGACGGGGCCGUGGAGGCCGUGGGCCUUUCCCCCUACAGGUAGUUUCUGUUGGAGGACCAGCAAGAGGGCGUCCAAGAGGAGUUAUUUCCACUCCAGUGAUCAGAACAUUUGGAAGAGGUGGAAGGUACUAUGGCAGAGGCUAUAAAAACCAGGGUGCGAUUCAGGGCAAGCCUCCUUAUGCUGCUUCAGCAGAAGAAGUGGCCAAAGAACUGAAGUCGAGAUCCGGGGAAUCUAAAUCCUCCGCUGUGUCUUCAGACGGGUCCCUGGCUGAAAACGGAGCGGUGGCUGAGGAGAAGCCGGCUCCCCAGAUGAAUGGGAGCGCGGGCGACACCAGGGCCCCCAGCCACUCGGAAAGUGCCUUGAACAAUGACUCUAAGACGUGCAAUACAAAUCCUCACUUAAAUGCACUAAGUACAGACAGUGCUUGCCGUAGAGCUGAUGCUCUGGAGGCAGCUGUCUUAAAGAAAGAAGAGUAAACUUAUUUUUUAUAGAGGGUGAAGGAUGCUGGAAGGGUAAGGAUUUAGGAAUAUCUGGAGAGAAAGAGAGCCUACAGUUAUGUACAUUUUUUCCUUUCCGUAAGAGAAAAAUGAGGACUUUGGAAAUUCGGAUCCCUCUUUGAUAUCAGAGAUUUAAACAACACAUUUUUAGUUUUAACCAGUUGUAGUCAAAAUGCUACAAUAAAACAAAAAGAGAGAAAGAAAAUGAAGAGCAUUUGACUCCCACACUUAAAAUGAAGUACACACAAAGUUUAAACUGGUUAAUGACAAAAGCCUAUAGCUGUGUUUCUUGAACUAUAAAGAAAACAAAUUUUGGCAGUCUUUAAGUAUAUAUAGCUUAAAAUAUCAUUUUUAGCAUUUGGCACCAUAUGUAUGCCAUUAUCUUUGAUUUUGCAUUACUGUUCACAAGAAAGCUUUGUCUAAGGCUUUGAUUUUAUGAUUAUGAAAGAAAUUAGGCACAACCACAGUUUUUCUUUCUUACUUAAAUUUCAUCACUGUUGAUGUGGUUCUUUUGUGUUAAAAAAAAAGUGCAACUAUCAAAACUAAAAAAACUAUA